GGCAAUGUGGCUUUCCCUCUUGCCUGUGCCCCACUCCGCUGCCUUGUGUGCACCUCAGCUCCUACCACGGGUUCCAGAGGGCUCCUGUCCUGGGGUCUGACGUGUUGGCCGGGUCUCUCCCCUGCAGGUAGCUCAGCACCCAGCGGGAUGAAGGCUGCCGUGUUCCUGCUGCUCGCCCUCCUGGUGCCCGCGUGCCACACAGAGGCUCAGUGCAUCAUUGACAAUGUGGUUGAUCUGAAGGUGCAGGCAGCGAUUACUUCCAUAGUGUCCGCCACCCUGGCCAAAGCCAAGCUUCUCUGCCAGGACGUCUCGGCGCGUGGGGCACUUGUCUCCUGCCCAGCAGGGUACAAGCCCACAGGCUGCGCCUGCGGAAUGGGCUGCGGCUCCUGGGACAUCCGCACCGACUCCACCUGCCACUGCCAGUGCGCCGGCAUCGACUGGACGGCCGCACGCUGCUGCAAGAUAGGGCUGUAGUGAUGCCCAGCCCCAGCCUGGGGCACCGGAGAGCCCCACCCGGCCUGCUGCCCCUGCCGUGGGCCCUGGCACAGAACCAUGCUGGGCCUCUUGUGCCCAGUGCAAUGAAUAAACUUGGAUCUGGGUCUGCUGAUGCUUCUCUGGCUCAGUUCUUCCCCUGCCCUCCCAGACUUUGGUACCUAGGGCCAGAGCAUGGGCAGGGGGCACAAUUCUGCCUCCCUCCUAUUUCCCCCAGAAAGGCCCCUGUCCCAAAUCGGUUGGGCUGCCCCUGCUGGCAGCUCUCCAGAUCCCUACGGAGGUCCAGAC